AAAGCAAAGCAAAGUUAAUCAUUCCAAUUCUCUUCCAAAAUGGCUUUCAAUUACAGGACUUCCUCUCUUCUUCUUGCUUUCAUCUUUCUUCUCUUAUCCUUCUCUUCUUGCUUAGCACAUUAUUGUAAAUGUGAAUGUGACAUGAGCAACAAAGCUAAGAAACCUGGUUUAGGCUCUCCUGUAUCCUCUCCUAUAGGCUCUCCUGUAUCUUCGCCUACAGGCUCUCCCGCACCUUCGCCUACAGGCUCCCCUGCACCUUCGCCUAUCUCUGGUACUGGCUCUGGUUCUGGUUCUGGUUCUGGUUCUGGUUCUGGUUCUGGUUCUGGUUCUGGUUCUGGUUCUGGUUCUGGUACUGGCUCUGGUUCUGGUACUGGCUCUGGCACUGGCUCUAGUUCUGGUUCAAUCUCAGGUGGUGGUUCUGGUACUGGUUCUGGUACUGGUUCAAUCUCAGGUGGUGGUUCUGGUACUGGUACCGGUACCGGUACUGGUUCUGGUUCUGGUUCCGGUUCUGGUACUGGUUCUGGUUCAAGCUCAGGUUCUGGAACUGGUUCAAUAUCAGGUUCCGGUCAUGGUUCAAUCUCAGGUGGUUCUGGACCUGGUCUUGGCGGUUCAAUCUCGGGUGGUUCGGGAUCGGGUUUUGGCGGUUCAUUCUCAGGUUCUGGAUCAAUUUCACUUGGUGGAGGUUUCAACUUUUCAAAGAUCUUUGCAUUUGGAGAUUCAUUUACAGACACAGGAAAUGCUGGACUGUUAGGAGGUCUAAUGGCCUUUGCACAUGCAGUGUUACCAAAUUCCCCCUAUGGCUCAACCUCCCAUCAACCCACAUUUAGAUUCAGUGAUGGCAAAGUUCUAGUUGACUUUCUAGCCGAAGCUCUCCACCUACCUCCUGUCCCACCAUUCAAGAACACCUCUGCUGAUUUCUCCAAAGGUUGCAACUUUGCUGUUGGUGGUUCCACUGCUUUACCAGGAAAGUACUAUGAGGAUAACAAUGUGGGUCGCACAUUAAUGUGGAAACUGAUUCCAGACUUCGUUAAAACUCAAUUGGAUUGGUUCCAACAGUUCCUUAACAAUGUCCAGUGCAAAGGUUUAGACAUCAUCCAGUGUAAGACCAAGCUAGCAUCAGCUCUCUUCUGGGUCGGCGAGACCGCUUUCAAUGACUACAGUCGCAAUUUCGGCGCUUCCACCACUGUUCAGUCAGUCAUGGAGAAGCUCAUUGAUUUUAAGAUCAAUCUUUUGAAGACAUUGUUGGACAAAGGUGCAAAGUACAUUGUAGUACAAGGGCUACCACCAUUGGGAUGCUUUCCAGUACAUAUGGCUAUGUCUUCGUCGGGGGGAGAUCGCGACGAAAACGGGUGUGUUAAGAGUGUCAAUUCCAUUACUAAGGCUCACAAUGAUAUGCUCACAAAGAAGAUAGGGGAAAUGAAGGUAAAAUUUCCAAAUUGUGUGAUGGUCUAUGCUGAUUUCUGGAAUGCAUUCCUUACAAUAAUGAAGAACCCAACACAAUAUGGGUUUACUGAGACAAGCAAGGCUUGUUGUGGAGCUGGAGCUGGAACCUUCAACUUUAACCUACAUUGCAUAUGUGGUGCUCCCGGCUCAUCUAAAUGUCAGGAUCCUUCUAAGUAUGUCAGCUGGGAUGGAGUUCACCUUACAGAAGCAAUGUAUGGUAACUUGGCUAAACUCUUCUUCAAACAAGAUUUCUGUCAGCCUCCAUUCAAACAAUUGCUUGGUGCUGCUGCUGGGGUGCAACAUUAAGAAUACUGACACCGAAAUGCAACUACGAUCACGUCGAAAAACCGCCGAGGCCACCAGGGUUGAUUUUACAAUAACAACACUCGGUAGAGCUGUAUAUUAAUAAAGGUUGAGUCCGUGAGAUGUUCUUAAUUUUUCAUUUUUAUAUGUAAAUUUCAAUCCAAUUUUGAUCAAUAAAAAGGAUUGCUAGCUAUAUAUGUAACAGUAUAGUGAUGUUUCCAAAAUCACAAGAUAAAUGUGAAUCAUCUAUUUUUAUAA